UAUGGCACCUUGGUGUCCAGCCUGCAAGUCUUUCAAGGAAGUCUGGUCAGAGUUUGCUGGGUGGGGACAUGACCUUGACAUCUCUGUGGGUGUUAUUGAUGUUACUGAAAAUCCAGGUCUCAGUGGCAGGUUUUUGGUUACCUCCCUUCCCACACUUUAUCAUAUUAAAGAUGGGAAAUUCCGCCAGUAUGCUGGGGCCAGAAAAACAACUGAUCUGAUAGCUCUGAUUGAUGAAAAGAAGUGGAAUGAGAUCGAGCCGGUGGCCUGGUACAGAUCCCCCAGCUCUUUUCAAAUGGGAAUUAUCGGAAAUUUCUUUACUGCUGCUAUGUUUAUAAGGGGUGUCUACAGCACUAUGACAGAUACAUAUGGGAUCCCAGAGUGGUUAUGUUACGUCUUGUUUGCGAUUCUCACCAUUGCUACUGGAUUAGUACUGGGACUGAUGCUGGUGCUCUGUUGUGACAACUUUUUCCCUUCCAAGUACAUCCCUCUACCUCCUGAACGUAUUGCCCAUACACCCAAGGAUGACCCCACUGAUGAUGACGACAUUAUAGAUGACACAGAUGAGAAGAAGAAGUUACUCAAGGUCAUCAAGCCCACAACCCCUGCAUCUGCCUCGAAAGAUACCCCAGACUUGAGGAAAAGACAACCUCGUACUGAUGAAUGAACUAUGACAGCAUUAGUUUUUUUCUCUUCUUUUUGAAUUGGAAUUGAUUGUGUGUUAAAAGUUUUAUAUCCAUAAUUGUGUACUUAUUUAAUUGAAUUGGGGUUGAAUACUUGCUUUUGAAUGCAGGUUGACUAUCUACUUUAUUUGAUUUUAAUUUGUGAAAUCCAGUAAUUCUGGAAAAUGAAUUGAACACAAAAUCUUAAAAUUUUAAAUUAAACUUGAUAAAAAUAACCACCUGAAUUUAAAAUUAAUCGAAAACAGAUGUUUUAUUAUUGUUUAUUUUUACAUUUUAAUUUUCAGGAUUUUAUUUAAGUUUAGGUGUUAAAAGCAGCUCUACAUUUUUGUGACAGAGCUUGAGAAAUGCUUUUGUUGGUUUUGAAAUACAAAGGACCAUUACACACACACAGAGACUUUUAUACCUUGCAGCUUCAGUGUAUAUCUGUGCUGGAAUAGUAGAACUUUCAUACAUCUCAUUUGUAACACUUGAAGAAGAGUGACUGGUGCGGUAAAUGUACGAUGGGUAAAUUACAUUUGUGAGUGAGCACUUCAAUGUUCAAUGAAUUUAUGGAGAGAUAUUUAUAGGACUCUGUUGUUUUUAUCAUUCAAAGAUGUAGAUUUUAAGACCAUGUUCAGAGAUUUGAAAUCUCUUUGCAUAUCCAAUGGUUUUACGAUUUUUUUGGGGGUGUUCAGUUUUAAUUUAGUGCUUGUGAGACCUCUUAUCAUUUGUUAUCAUUGAGCUAUAAACAUUUAAGGGUGUAUACAUUUGUGUAUCAUAGCUGCAUGAAGUGGUAUUUACAUUCCUUCACUGUUAUGAAUUUUUAGCCACAUUUUAAAUUACUGCCUGAACUAACGAUGGUCUUCGUGCUUUUGGUGAAUUUCUUUUUAUUUAAAAAAUUUGUCUGGACAAGAAUUUUAUGACAUUGUAUUUCAAUAUCUGUAAGAUAUUUAUGAAAUAUUUUAAUAUAUGUGAGGUAUUUAUGAAAUAUAUUCUAAUAUCUGUAAGAUAUUCCUGAAAUGUUUUAAUAUCUGUAGGAUAUUUAUGAAAUACAUUUUAAUAUCUGUAAGAUAUUUAUAAAAUAUAUUAAUAUCUGGAGGCUAUUUAUGAAAUAUAUCUUAAUGUCUGUGAGACACUUAUUUCUAUAUUCAUUUGUAAUGUUUAUCAAAUUGCUUCCCUUACCCAUAUUUACUUGACUGGAAAAACUAUCGCACUUCUUUAAGAUCAUUAGGCUUUUGUACUGAGAAUAGUUCUGUAAAUAGGUUAUUAAUACCUCCAAGAUUGCCUGAGGGGCUUUAUUGAGGGCUCUGCUGGUGUGGCUGCUAAUCUCGCACUGUGAUACACGCAGACUAAAAAAAUACAUUGAGACAAUACUAUAAUGCUCUGGUAACUACCAUCAAGAAACCGCAUUUUUAUUACUGUUGGCCGAAUUUGAUAGACGAAAAAGAUAAAUUGAUGUUUUGAUUUCAUUUAUAAACAAAGGACAAGUGUUAUCAU